GCCUCAGACGCGGCGUGAGCCUGCCGCCUCAGCCCGGAAGAGCGCCCGGCGGCUCUUCAGCCUCCGCCGCUGGCCGCAGCUGUUCGGCCGCCCUGGCGCUGGCGGGGUGGGGGGGGGCUGGGUGCCGGGAGGGGAAGCGCGGGGCUUCGGCUGUCUGAUUCAUUCAUUCUCCUCCGCGGACUGGAGCCUUAGAGCUGCCGUGCUCUGAAGACGAGAGGAGGCAAGCGGGGACCGACAGCCUCGCCUGAAGAGCCGGGCGCGGGUCGGGCUCCAUUGUGCUCGGCGGCGGGGGGCGGGAAGGGGCUGAGGGAGGUGGGAUCGGGCCCCCUCCCCCUGCUCCCCGGCGCGCGCGGCGCCCCCAGCCUGCUGCCAGCCUGGAAAUGGCUCCGUUUCUUCUCCUGGGGAGAAUGAAUCGAUCCUGCCUAGCCUUCUCUUCCACCUCUCCUCCUCUCCGCUCCGAAUCUUAAGAGAGAGGGGGAAAAAAAACAAAAAACAAUUCCUUUUUCUUUUUAAAGACCGAUUCCAAUGUGGAGUGCCGAGCCAGCCGCGAGCUGCCGGGUUCGCACUUCCAGAAGAUUUUUCUACCUACUCUUUCUCUUUUGUAAUGUAAGCGCAGGGAAGCAGUGGCAUUGCUGCUUUUAGGAUUUUUAUUGAAGUGCACGUCGCAUUGGGUUGCACGCUCCACCCCCCACCCCCCGGGAGCUGGUGGGGUGGAGAAAUUUGAACCCACAGCCUUAGCGCCGUUAAGGCCGAAUUACCUGGCUCGCUCUGAGUGUCGAGGAGGACAUGAGUGAAAUGACCAGCGAACUCAUUUUUUAUAGGACUCCUUGAAGCUGGUUUCUGCGUUUUCCUACAUGUGCACUCAUUUUGUGGAAUAGUUUGACCGCUGUAUCCUCCACGCAGCAUUUUUUAACUGAUACUAAGCAAAUGCCACCUCUGUUUGAACGAUUUGGUGUCUACGAGAGAGAGCUCAUUUUACCUAAGAGAAAUAAUUGAAUUGGUCAGCAUCACUGAAAUAACCCCGGAAAAGAUCGUGGGGAGGUGGAAAAGCAACUGCGAAAUAGACGGAGAAAUCCUUUUGGAAGUUAUUCCGUAGCAUAAAAGCAGAAACUUCAGAGCAAGUUUUCACUGGGCAAAAUGGGGGAGCAACCUAUCUUCAGCACUAGAGCUCAUGUCUUCCAGAUUGACCCAAACACAAAGAAGAAUUGGGUACCCACCAGCAAGCACGCAGUUACUGUGUCUUAUUUUUAUGAUAGCACAAGAAAUGUGUAUAGGAUAAUCAGUUUAGAUGGCUCAAAGGCAAUAAUAAAUAGUACCAUCACCCCAAACAUGACAUUUACUAAAACAUCUCAGAAGUUUGGCCAGUGGGCCGAUAGCCGGGCAAAUACUGUCUAUGGAUUGGGAUUCUCCUCUGAGCACCAUCUUUCAAAAUUUGCAGAAAAGUUUCAGGAAUUUAAAGAAGCUGCUCGACUAGCAAAGGAGAAAUCACAAGAAAAGAUGGAACUUACCAGUACACCUUCACAGGAAUCAGCAGGUGGAGAUCUUCAGUCUCCUUUAACACCAGAAAGUAUUAAUGGGACGGAUGAUGAAAGAACACCUGAUGUGACACAGAACUCAGAGCCAAGGGCUGAACCAACUCAGAAUGCAUUGCCAUUUUCACAUAGUUCAGCAAUCAGCAAACACUGGGAAGCUGAACUGGCUACCCUCAAAGGAAAUAAUGCUAAACUCACUGCAGCCCUGUUGGAGUCCACUGCCAAUGUGAAACAAUGGAAACAGCAACUUGCCGCGUAUCAAGAGGAAGCAGAACGCCUGCACAAGCGGGUCACUGAACUUGAGUGUGUUAGUAGCCAAGCAAAUGCAGUGCAUACUCAUAAAACAGAAUUAAAUCAGACAAUACAAGAACUAGAAGAGACAUUGAAAGAAAAGGAAGAGGAAAUAGAAAGAUUAAAACAAGAAAUUGAUAAUGCCAGAGAACUACAAGAACAGAGGGACUCUUUGACUCAGAAACUACAGGAAGUAGAAAUUCGGAACAAAGACCUGGAGGGACAACUCUCUGACUUAGAGCAACGUCUGGAGAAGAGUCAAAAUGAACAAGAAGCUUUUCGCAAUAAUCUGAAGACACUCUUAGAGAUUCUGGAUGGAAAAAUAUUUGAACUAACAGAAUUACGAGAUAACCUGGCCAAGCUACUAGAAUGCAGCUAAGGAAAGUUAAAUUUCAGUGCCAAUUGAUUAAAAGAUACACUGUCUCUCUUCAUAGGACUGUAUGGGCUCUGCAUCAAGAUUGCACAAAAUUUUUUGAUUAUCACUCCUCCAGGAGGAGAAUCUUUUGAAAAUUGGAAUUGUAUAUUUCAGUGUAAAUUUUAGAAUUCAGCUUAUAGGUAGUUGGGGAAAAAAAGGAUGAAAAACUUGAACUACAAAUUACCUCCAUGUAUAUUAUUGGCCAUAGUUAACUAGAACGAUAUAAAUAGACACUUAAUGCAAUCUUUUUUUUCUGAUAUUAGCCAAUGGGAGAAUUAACAAUGUCUGGGUCACAUCCUCUUUUUUGUGUUCAACACAGUGAAGAUUAUCGGCUUUUAAAAUUAAUUUAUUUAUGAUAUCUAGAGCUGUGUUUUGUGCAAAAACUGAGUAAUGAAAGCCCUGUCUUUUGUUGUAAUCUAAAUAAUUUCUCAGGAUAUUUUUGCACUGCUGAGAAGCAGUGCCAUUACCAAUUAAUUCUUGCCAGGAGUGAGAGAACGCUGCAUCUUUAAUUUAAAAACAAAAACACUAUAACUGGGUGUAUAGACUUCUUCCCUUUUUUGUACUGGAAGAUUUUUCACUCUGGUGACUACUCUGGUACAUUCUGGUGUUCUCUAAUCUUGUCUGUUGUGUAGUUUACUUUUCCAUAUUGAUUCCAUGUAUUUAUGAGAGGAUAUUGUCUCCCAUUUUAUUACAUAUUUUAAAGCCAACUAACAAAGGCAGCUGAGUCCCUCAGAAAUUUUUCUUUUUAAAUUUCUAAUAAAUUUGACAACACAGAACUGAAAUACAGCAGCCCGUCACUGACGGUCUGGUCUAGCAAUGUUAAGUAUCUUUACAGAAAAAUAUGCAGUUACAUUUAUUUAUAUAUUUUGCAAGAAACCUUUUCUGAAUGAUCAAUACAUUUCAAUUUAUGAAUAUUAAUGGUUGUUGGGGAACUGUUUAUUAUAGAUAAUUUUAAGGUGUAUAGCAAUUUUCAAGGGGAUCCAUUUACAUCAGAGGACUAUAUCUAAAUUGUGAUCGUGGCAUAUGAGAUGGAGUUAAGUACUCUAUCUGGUCUUUACAUCAACCACAUCUUUAUUCAAACUUCACAAGGCAAUAUUCUGAACUGUUAACUAGGCAUUUCAAAACAGGAAUUACAUUCAACAGGCUCUUCUCAGUGAGCAGGUUUUAAUGUUGUUUUGAUGUAAUUUUAAAAGACUUUUAGCAAAUAUGCAUUUCUUUAUAUAUUUCUUUUAUGAAGCUAUUUUAAAAGUAAGCCAAGUGCUAUCUGGUCUGCUUAUGGAGUAGGAAUUGCAUCAGAGUACAUAUAUUCUUGCUGUACAAUGCCUGUGAUGUUGAGGAAGGUUCUUUUUUAGUGUAUGCCUGAAUAUCUGACUCAUGGAGCUGAUGAAUGCACUGAUUUUGUUUGUACCCCAAAUGAUUGAAUUGUUAAGUACAAAAUUAAUUAAUCAAUUUGUAACCAUUUUUCACUCAUAAACAGCUAUUUAACACUAGAUAAUUUUGUUUUAUAUUUAUGUGUAUGUACAUAAAUACAUACAUCUUAAUUUAUAUUAGAGUGGAAAAUAAACGGUUUGUUUCUAAAGUUAGUUUCUACAAGUGAGUUUGCAAGUGUCUCUGACACUCCUCAUGUAUUAUAUGUGCUGUAACAUCAUGUAAGUUGCCUCCAUCUACUUUAGGAUAUUUUCCUAACCUAUUUAUUAGAGGGAGAAUAGUUUAGGUUCAUAUGCUCAGAGCUAAGAUGCUUCUCUGAUAAAUCAGGUAAUAAAAUGUAACUGAUGGAUAGAAUUUUGAAGUGGAUAUGGUUUUAUCCAUGAAUUUCUGAACAAAACAGAAUGACAAGUUUUAAUUUAAAUAAGGGGCUAAAAGUAGGGAUCAGGGAAUUAAGUUAUGAAAGGUUAAACAAUCUAAAAAAUAUAUAGGCUGUUGAAAUGGUAAGUGAAUUAUUUUAAUGAUGUAAUAAAAUAUUUUUAAAUUUUG